CCAUGCACGUGGAAGAUCUUCAAGAUCUUUUAUCUCGCCUUCGCUUUCGCAAAGAAUGCCAUACUAGUGAUCUGUCAUUUUCUCCAUUUUAACGGAUUUUUCGGAGUUCAGCUUCGCACAGGCACCACCUCGUUUCGAGAGCACCACUUAAUAUCCCCGUAUUAACACCUCACACCUCAACUUUCAUGUCGACGACCCGUCGCCCCCCGGCGCAUAAGUGAGAAGAAUAUCAGCUCCUUGACCUCCUUAGCGAACCUAGCUCAAGUGUUGUUGAGAAAAGGAAAGGGGCGACUUCCUAUAGGAAACAAAGGACUUGCUUCCGUACUGCUAGUCGGAAAGACAAAAUGACGCUUGUUCGACGAUGACGGUUUUACUCAGCGCCCACAGAAGUGCGUAGCUCGAUUUUGUUUUUGUUUUGGUCUUUUCUCAAGUAAACUCGGCGACACGUCCAGUAUCCAAGAUGAAUUACACGGGCCACAAUUCCAUUCACGCGCAGUUGCUUCGCGCACCCCCCAACAAGAAAAUCGAGCACCUCGUCGUGCAGUACGACCCCACGACCGCUAUCCCCCCCAACGAGCGACAAACGGCGGUCCCGGCCCAAAAAGUACCCAUCCCAAAGUUCGGCGGCGGCGCUGCCGGGGUUGGAAAUGCGGCGGUCCCCAAGGCAGGGGCGCUGGUGGCCAAGCACGCGGGACCACCGCCCAGCGUCGUAGCGGCGCAGCAGCAGGUACAGCUCUGGCUUAUCGCUUAUUGCCUUGUCUAUUUUCAUCUACUACUGUGCGAGGACCACGACGAGAUUAGCAUCAGUUUAUAAAUCCAUGAGUUUGUUUUUGGAGAAUGAUCCAACAACUCAAGAACUGUUUCAUUGUACCAAAAACAGGCCGCGUACCAGCAGCAGCAGAUGCAGCGGCAGCAGGAGGGGCGCGCCCCUUUGUCCGUAGCGGUUUUCCAGCUAGACCAACAGAUUCGACAGCUGGAAGCCGUCCGAAAGUGCCACCUGCACAGCAAGGACAUGCGGAGUUGCAAGCUGUGCCAGAAGUUCAAAAACAGUCACUUGGAAAUCGAGAAGCUGAAGCAGAAGAGGCAGGACAUGCUGCUGAAUCCAGAGUUUUACAACGCCACCGCACAGCAGACGACCGGGUUUGCGGGGGUACUUAAGUUCUUAUAUGUACUUUUAUACAAUUGACAUGACUUCUGUCACGAUCAUGUCGACGCGGCUUUAUUUUUCGAUUUCAGUGUCAUACAACUCAACGAACUUCAGCUUCUUCUCAAAUAAACAGGAGACCAGCGGAGGACUGCAAUGUCCUCUUUCGUUUUUGUGAUGCGAACAGCGACGUUGAAUAAGUCGUAAUACCAUCUGUAUGUUGUAAGUAUCUAAAAAAACAGACCACCGCGGUUCCGGAUCCGGCAUCAGGUGCCCCGGCUGCGUCCACCCAAAUCGUCGCCUCCGGCGCCGCGGCACAAGCGGCCCGGCUUGAGCAGAGCAAGAAGAAGUUUCACGGGGCGUACGACGUGGACCCAGCCAACGAGAACCGCAUCAAAUUCGCCGGCGAGCCGUACUACGGGUGGAACGUGAUGAUGCGCGACCAGAUUUGUCGGUCCCCGUACUACGCAGUCUUGCGCGGGUGCGAGGACGUCCGGUUUUUCGGGAAAUUGGACGUGCAGGAGAAGUCCAAGAUCGGGGACAAGGCGACGGGGCGGAUCGCCAUGCAAAUCGGGAACAGCGGGAACUUCGUACUGGGCGGGCACUUGCCCCUCGAAGUCGACGCGCUGGUCUCGGAGGUGGUGGACCAGGUGACCAGCGUGGAGCCGCACGGCCGACACGAGUCCGAGGCGAGUUUUCUGUUCUGCAUCGCCUUCGCGAUGGUCCGGUACGGCGUCACCGAGGAGGAGCUGAUGCGGAUUCUCGAGCACGAGAACGUGUUCGUCCGGGUGUGCGGCAUCUUGGUUUUGCGCCACACCCUGCCCGGAAAGGACAUGUACCGGUGUCUCCGGGAGUAUUUACUCCUGUACGUCGACACGGAGGAGUCCAACAACCAGCGCGCGAUCGAAAACGCGAAGAUCGUCGACGACGCGAAGGGCCUGACGACCAAGGAGGAGAAGGCCGCGGAGCUGGCGAGGAAGCGCAUCGAGGAACAGAAACAGGCAAACAAGGACAGUGAGAUCCAGAUUCCGCUGUUGACACCGAGUCAGCACUACCCGGAUUACGAGAUCUCGCUGGGGGAGUACGUGGAAGAGUUGUUGAACGGCGACCGGUACUACUCCACCGUGCUGCCCCGGUGCCCGAUCCCGGAACGGAAGAAGUUCCAGGUGAUGUUCGCGACGCAGCUGGAGAUCUGGCGCAGACGGGCGCGGAUGUACUUCGACGCGUUCACCGUGAACAACAUGCUGCUGCAGAAGGAACAGGAACAAAUGACCGGGAUGCGGAACAACUCCCGGUUCGGAAAACUGGUGCAAAAACAGCAGACCAGUGACAAGGUGUCGAAGUUUUUCGAGGACCGGGACAUGCUGCUCCCGCCGGGGACCAAGGUGUACGCGUGGUCGAACCAGACGGACUGGCUGAAGGGCACGGUGUUGUCUGUCGACUGGCGGAAGGGUAUCCGCAGCCGGGUGGUUUGUCUGCUGGAGGACAACACGCAAGAAUCCUUCCUCCUCUGCGACAUCGUGUUACAGAACGCGAAGGUGAAAAAGGAGAAGGACUUGUGGGCCGAGGCGGUCAACGUGGACCGGUCGCAUCUGUACGACAAGGACAAGGGCACCAUGCACGAGGACGCCGAGAACGCUAUCCUGAGUAAAAAUGUCCCCACACCAGAGUCAAGAUGGGAAAUCCGCUAGACAAAUCCAUAAGCUUUGGCUGUUUCGCAUGACAAAUUUGGACGCGUAGUGUAGUGCUGUUUGAGCUAGCUAAGCAGGAUUACAGAUCUAGUAUCUCAUGCUGAUUGGCGCAUUACAGAUUUCCAAACCGCAUUAGAAAAUGCUUCUCAUGGGGCUCCGCAUGAGAAACAUUUUAAGCAUGCAGAGUAGCAUGACAACUAUGGUGUGGGUACGUUUUUACACAGGAUAAACGCCGACGGGGAGAAGGUCGUGGAGGACCCGCUGGCGAAGAUGAAGGCGGACGAGAUAUCCUGAGGAAAAACGUCCCCACACCAUAGUUGUCAUGCAGAUUUGCGAUCCCUGGAAAAUUUGUAAUGCGCAUCCUCACGAACACGAGAAGCAUUUCCAAUCGUGUUUUGGAAUUUGUAAUGUAAUGCUGGCAACAGCAUGAGAAAAUGGCUUUCUGAUGCGGCUUCCCUUGCCAACCAGCACUACACUGCUGAGGGAAACUUGUCAUGCACAGCUCCCAAAACUUGGAGAUUUGUGUCGCUAGAUUCCCAACUUGACUAUGGGGUGGGGACGUUUUUGCCGAGGAUACGAGAUGGCCGCGAAAGCCCUUUCGAAAAAGCGGAAGCGCGCGGGGGAGGAAUCCGAGUCCGAGGACGACGAGGAAAAAGCGGCGCGCAUCGCGAAGUACAACGUGAAACGGGUGAAGAAGGGCGACUACGAGCACUUCCAAACCCUACCGGAGGACUGCGACUGGUGCCGCGUGCGGGAGAACCCCCUGCUCUCCCACGACCCGGAGCUGAAGGACAAGUUUAUGGCCUCCUACAUCUACGAAAAGGUGGAAGAGCACACCGCGGGGUGGUACAUGCCGCGGUUCAGCAUGCAGGCCGUGCGGGAGAACGCGGAGUUGGAGGGCCGACCGCGGAAGCGGCGCGUGUUCGGCGACCGCAUCGGGGACAACAUCGUGGAGGCGGCCUCCGAAAUGGUGCGGCCCCGCAUCCCCGGCAUCUUCUGCGGCCUCGGACAGCACUACGACGGCUACAACAACGGCGCGCCGGACGGCAAGAACAUGGCGGAACUCAACCCCGACGCGAAGUUCAAGCAAGAACUGAUCCGAAAAUACCAGGCGCAGGAGGGAGAGAAGAAGAACCAAGGCGGAGCAGGCGCAGGCCCGGGCAAGCCGUUUGGCGAGGGGCCAGAGAGGAUGAAGCUGGGGUGAAGAAGAUGUGGUGGUGGUGCGCCUUUGAGGAAGGAUCCUCUUCCGAGGAUCUCUUGCUUGAUGUUGAGGCAGGGAACAAAGCUACUUGAUGUUCCGCAGCUAGUAAAGGUCCUACUAUGUUGUGUCGAAUAUUUUGGUAUUGGUUGUUUAUGGCGACGACGGAGAGAAAGUUCAGCAGCACGCAAGGACUCGCGUGAAUCCUCUGUGAAGUAGGUGCACAACUGGAAUGUUGACUACUUGCACCUUGGGGCAGCUUCAUUGCUGUAGCUAUCUACUUCUGUGAAGAUGUUGAUGUUUUUUCUCCCGAACAUGAAUGAAAUCGAUAAAAUGAAAAGCUUGUCAGUCAUCUCAGCG